GUGCGAGCCGACACAACCACAAAUCAAACUCACCCAGCACCCGGUGGUGAAGACAGAGAAGGAAGAUGAGAAGAGAAGAUACGUUAACAGACUGAAAGCUCCAUACGACGUAUGGACGUUCAGUGAAAAAAACAGGAUUUGCGCUCAGCUGAUCCGAAAUGCACCCUCGGUUGCGCACACAGAAGGAUACGGCAAAGCGUCAGAACAGGACGGGAGAUGAGAUUCCCAGUGUUUCAGAGACCCUCUGCCUGUGAUCUGAAACAGUCCGCCUGGGAGACGCGGAGCCUGGAAGGUGGACUGGACCCGGUGCGCACAGCUCCCAGCCGCUCCAUCUCAACUGCGGAUUGAAGAUUAUUAUCAUUUUAUUUUUGUCUUAUUAUAUCAUCUGGAGAUCUUAACCAUGAGGGUGAUUUCUGCAAACUUGUUAGCACUGCUGUUCAUGUGCGCAAUCGCAAGUGUUUUCUACGUGUGGAGCGCACUGGAGAGCCGUUUGGAGCGACACAAAAGGAGGGUGUCUGGACCGGGAGUAGGGUCCGUACGCGCCACGGACCUCUCCGCCAAAACUUUCCGUGCGUUGCUUGCUGUCCCGGCGGCACAAAAAUCUCUCGGGGGUAGUAGGAUAGAAUCUCACAACCUCACAGAUCAAGUUGCCACCGCAGGAAGUCGCGAUUAUCAUGAGAAUGGAUACAACAAGAGGUCAACGCGCAGGGAGGGCCCGGUCAACUUGGUGGAGGAUGGGAUAUUUUGGAGUGAAUGGUUGGAGGAGCUUCUCCCUGUGGGCUUCACGGAGGAAUAUGCAAAGGCUUGGAGAGACAAAGCCAGGAGACACCGGGUAGUGAAGCUGGAACCUGGAUGCGGCAGGAUAUCCAAUCAGCUGGCCACUUUUGCGGAUGGAACCAAAGCGUGCGUGCGUUAUGGGAUAAACGCGGAUCAGGUGCAAGGGGAAACUUUGACUUAUUACCUUGCGACUUUACUGGGUAUAACAAACCUCCCUCCUCUGAUACUUUCCCAGCUGAAUACUGACAGUGAGCAAUGGGAAAGCGUUAGGACUCGAGUGGAGGGUUUACAGUGGAGUGACCGUGCCGUGGUUUCUCUAACCGAAUGGGUGUCCAACCUGACCGGGGUGGUCACACCUGCGCCCCUGAGGCAGGAGAGCAGCGGGUUGCAUCCAGUGCUGCAGGAUCUGCAGAAUAAAACGACUCUAGAACUGCUUGAGCUGAUGCAAUGGACCGAUUUGAUCAUAUUUGACUACCUGACUGCAAACUUUGACAGACUUGUUAGUAAUCUGUUCAGCCUGCAGUGGGAUCCGCGCGUAAUGGAGAGGGACACCAACAACCUCCUGAAAACCCCCCGUGGUGACCUGGUGUUUAUAGACAACGAAGCCGGACUCGUGCACGGGUUCCGGGUGUUAAAUAUGUGGGAGAAAUAUCACAAUACGGUGCUGGAGUCUGUAUGUGUGUUUAGGAAAAGGACCACGCAGCGGGUGGCGGAGCUGCACAGGCGCAGAGACUCCAGGAGAAGGUUACUGGAGCUCUACAGAGACAGCGAGCCUUUGUCUUUCCAACUAGGAUUUCUCUCCGAUGAACACGCUGCUGUUCUCCAGGACAGGAUAGACAGAUUAUACAAACACAUCUUGCAUUGCAGAGGAAAGUACAGCCAGCUGUGAACGUUCAGCACGCACAGGUGAUGGAUUUGUUUUCUGCACAGUAUGAGCUCUGCACCUGUGCUAAACUGAUGCGCAUUACACAAACUGUCUUCAAUAUCCAGCUGAACUACCUCUUGUGAAUAGCAUAGUUGCCUACUUUAUACAUAAUGAAAUUUGACACAUGUUUAUAAGCUCUCUCUCUCUUGAGAUUUUCACUGUAUGCCUCACAUGGAGGAAUGAUUA